AUGCGGUUCUCCUACAUAUCUAGACCCGAGUUGCUGGACAUGCCUGGCUACGAGGCACGAGAAGAAGAUGAUCGUGUACUGACACAACUACUGCUUGACAUUAUGAUGGUCGACGACAGUAAAGGCAUGAUGGGUCGGGAGAAUCUGGACGAUCGCGGCUCUCUUCCAGACAUGCAAGACGAGCUGGCCAGGUGCGCCAGAGAGCUUUGGAAGUCUGGCACAGUUAGCGUGCAUACCGUCUUUGCUUCCAGAGUGGCGCUCGAUAUUCUCAGCAUCUGUGGCAAGAGUGACCAGCCAGCUUUCCAUCGCGAUGUUAUAGAGGCGGCCAGGUUUGCUCACAGUACUAUAGGCUUCGAAGUCGAAGCCAAUGGCGUACUCAGCACAGGAGACACCCGCUGGCCGCAGAAGGAUUCACAUCAGCUAUUGCCUCUGUACCAGCUGAUAGAUAUGCACAUCUUGAAGCCGACUUACCCGAUGCUCAAAGACAUGCUCAUGAACAUGCACGAGAAAGAUCCUGGACAGCACUUUAGUGGUAACAUAGACGACAUGCCACCCGAGAUCCAAGCGGCGGUGCGUCAGAGCAUGAUCGCUAAAGGCAUAGACCCCUCGCGGAAGUAA